GGAAGGCAGGCAGGGCAGGCUCAGGCGAAUUGCCGUUUCACAUGUCACGUUUGUACUUUGCAGGUGGUUUCAUCCCAACAUCAGCGGAAUUGAGGCAGAGAAGCUGCUCCUGACCAGGGGUGUCCAUGGCAGCUUUCUGGCUCGACCCAGUAAAAGCAACCCGGGAGAUUUCACCCUCUCUGUCAGAAGAAACGAUGAGGUGACGCACAUUAAGAUCCAGAACACAGGGGAUUACUAUGACCUGUACGGAGGUGAGAAGUUUGCCACCCUUGCAGAGCUGGUGCAGUACUACACCGAGCAGCAGGGGCUGCUGCGGGAGAAGAACAGCAAUGUCAUCGAGCUGAAGUACCCUCUCAACUGCCAGGACCCGACCUCGGAGAGGUGGUACCAUGGGCACCUCACUGGCAAGGAGGCAGAGAAGCUUCUGACGGAGAAGGGGAAACCCGGUAGCUUUCUGGUGCGAGAGAGCCAGAGCAAACCAGGAGACUUUGUAUUGUCGGUGCUGACAAAUGAGGAUAAGAUGGAGACUGGGGACCGAAAACCACACGUGACCCACGUGAUGAUCCACUACCAGCCGGAUGGGAAGUACGACGUGGGGGGAGGAGAGAGGUUCGACACGCUCACAGACCUGGUGGAGCACUAUAAGAAAAACCCCAUGGUGGAGAAAUCUGGAGCUGUGGUUCAUCUGAAGCAGCCGUUCAACGCCACGCGCAUCAAUGCAGCCAACAUUGAGAACAGAGUGAAGGAGCUGAACAAAAUGGCAGAUCACAGCGAGAAGGCCAAGCAAGGGUUCUGGGAAGAGUUUGAGAUGCUGCAGCAGCAAGAGUGCAAGCUCCUCUACCCCAGGAAGGAGGGACAGCGACCAGAGAACAAGGCUAAGAAUCGCUACAAGAACAUCCUUCCCUUUGAUACCACACGGGUGGCACUCCGAGACGUAGAUGAGAGCGUGCCUGGGUCCGACUACAUCAAUGCCAACUAUAUCAAGAGCAUCCCUGAAGAUGGAAGGAACUCAGAGCACUGCAAGAUCUAUAUAGCCACCCAGGGCUGCCUGCAGACGACAGUGAAUGACUUCUGGGCCAUGGUGUAUCAAGAGAACAGUCACGUCAUUGUCAUGACAACCAAGGAGGUGGAGCGGGGCAGGAACAAAUGCUUCCGUUACUGGCCAGACAAGAGUUGCAGCAAGGAGUACGGGUGCAUCUGCGUGCGAAACGUGAGCGAGCGGGAGGCCCAGGGCUACUACCUUCGGGAGCUGGAGAUCUUGCGGAUUGACAGGGAUGAGCGCCCGAGGCUGGUGAAGCACUAUCAGUAUUUUAGCUGGCCGGACCACGGGGUGCCCAAUGAACCAGGAGGGGUUCUGAGCUUUCUGGACCAAGUGAAUCGGGCACAGCGAAGCAUUCCGGACACGGGGCCGAUCAUAGUGCACUGCAGUGCUGGAAUAGGACGCACAGGCACCAUCAUAGUGAUAGAUAUUCUAGUGGAUAUUAUUCACAGGCAAGGUUUGGACUGCGACAUUGACAUCCCCAAAACUAUCCAGAUGGUACGCAGGCAGCGUUCGGGCAUGGUGCAGACUGAGGCGCAGUACAAGUUUGUUUACAUGGCUGUUCAGCAGUACAUUGAGGCUGAGCAGAAGAGGUUGGAAGAAGAACAGAGGAAUAAAAGGAAAGAGCGAGACUACUUGAAUAUCGGCUACUCUCCUAUGGAAAAAGGCAGAGCCAAAGGGCAGCCCCCUUCACCACGGACCCAGUCAGUGGUUGAUGAUGAGUCAGCUUCCGUCUACGAGAACCUUAACAUCAAAAGCCCGAAGGUUUCAGGGAUGAGUAACACAGGGCGAUAAAGGAGCCGGAGGUGAG